UCGGGCAAGAAAAAAAAGAAGGCAAGAAGACGAGUGCAGUUGUUUGACACUUCGCACUCUCUUUCUUUGGCUUCCAACGGUCCAACUUUGACUCUCUUUGUUCUUUCAUCAACUUCCUCCUUCCUCUUCUUCCCAUGGCUUGGCAACAUUCCCUAAACCCUAGAACAACUCCUUCACCGCUCUGUUUCUGAUUCGUCAGUUGCUCUCUCCGUUUACGUUGCCACUUGCGACCAUCACUAUGAACUGGACCGUUGAUCCCGCGCUCUUCGCUUUUCUUUUUCCCUCUCUAUGGGAGAUCAAAGUCGCCGUCGCCGCCGCUGUCUUCGUCAUAAUCGCCUAUCGCUUCUUCGCCGCCCGAACCGGACACUUCCACGCCGAUCCGUCGCUUCCCGACAAUUCCACCACAGUCGAUGUCGCCGACGAUAAGGACAAGAUGGAGCAGCCUAAAGUGGAUUCUCAAGCCAGUUCAGCGUACUUGAUCAAGUUAGAACUAUUGGCUGCUAAGAAUCUUGUUGGUGCAAAUUUAAAUGGCACAUCGGAUCCUUAUGCUAUAAUCACAUGUGGCAAUGAAAAGCGAUUCAGUUCCAUGGUCCCUGGUUCAAGAAAACCAAUGUGGGGUGAGGAGUUCAAUUUUUCUGUUGAUGAACUUCCUGUCCAGGUAUCUGACAUUAUCUAUCACAUAUGUGUCAAAUUGGAGUAAUUAUCACCUAUUCAUGAUUU